CACCCGCAGUCCCGCACAGUACUGUCGCUUGGUCUUCCACGGCAUCCACCGUCGCCAUGCCUUCAUCGCGAAGCAACGCCGGCGCGCGCGCCGUGGCCAAGCAGCUCAAGGUGCUGGUGCCUCCGUCCUUCCACAAGAUGCGCAUUUCCGACGAGCUCGCCGGGUGCUUCGACGCCGGCGGCGGCGUGGGCGAAGGGGCGCCGGGGGGGACGGCCCUCGUGGUCAGCCCGUUCGGCAAGGUGUGGCGCGUGGAGGUCGGCCGCGACGGCGACGGCGCGUUCCUGGGCCGCGGGUGGGCGGGAUUCUUGGCGGCGCACGGCGUCGGCGUCGGAUGGUUCGUCGUGCUCCGCCACGAGGGCGGCGGCGCGCUCACCUUCAAGGCGUUCGACACCAGCUUUUGCAUCAAGGAGUUCGCCGCUCCAGCUGCAGUUAUGGCAUCCAGAAGCAGGAAAGGGGUUUCUUGUAAGCCACAGUUCAUCAGGAUUAUUUACCCCAAUUUCACAGAGAAGAUGAUAAUCCCUGCUAGGUUUGUGAAACGUUAUGUCACUGAAGAGUACCUGAACAGCCGAACAGCUGUCAUUUUCAGCCCCCUUGGCAAAUUUUGGCAGAUUGAACUUGAGAACGAUCAAUCAGGAAUGUUCUUCGCAGGUGGCUGGUCACAGUUUCUGGAGUUUCAUGGAAUAUCCAAAGGUGACGUUUUGCUCUUGAGAUAUGAAGGGAACAUGGUUUUCAAAUUCAAAGCAUUCGGGCUCAGUGGAUGCCAGAAAGAUUUCAAGACCAAGGAUGCUGGAAUUAACCAAAAUAUUGAAAUGCAACAAGAAUCACCUUCUCCCAUCAGGAAACGUAAAGACAAUGAUGAGAAAUCAAGCAGUGAAAAAAACAAGAGGCCAAAAAGUUCAGUGACUUCCUUGAACGCGAAACCGUCAUUGAAGAAACCUGACUAUCAGAUUGAGCCAUCAUCUUGGAUAAGGAAAGAGAUCAACAACACCUACAUGCUAGAGCGCUUUCUACCAUUGUCGAUAGAGUUCUGCCGCAGGAUUGGGUUCCAGAAUACUUGCACAAUCACACUAAAGACAGAAAUGGACUGCACCAGGUCAUGGAAGGUUCGUGGAGUCGCAUACAAGAGUUACUGCUGCAUUCGAGGAGAUGUCUGGAAGAGCUUCUGCCAGGAGAACAGGCUCAAGACAGGCGACCUGUGCACCUUCAACAUCAUCGAGACCACGCUGUGGCAUGUCACUAUCAAGCGUUCACCAACAUUAUAUUAGCAGAUACUAAAAAGCAAAAGGAGUCACCUUGCUCUUCCAGAAAGGAAGACAAGACCAAGAAGGGUGGUUCAGGUAGUGAAGGACGAACGAGGGCAAAAGGUCUUCAUUAAGCAAGGCUCCAAAAUACACAAGGGCUGUCUAUGAGAUUGGGCCACCAUCUUGGAUACAGAAAGAGAUGAGCACCAACUCAAUAGCAAAGCAUCUUGUAAGAAUAAUAAUUUUUCCUGUUGGUACUUUAAAGUUAGGAACAGCAGUGAAGCCAUUCAAUUUUGAACAUAUGAGUACGAACUGAUAAGUUGUUAGGAUACAGCGUGGCAUCUGAGAUUUGUUGACAAGCUUAUGUCUCAUUUUGGAGAAUCUGAAACUACACAUCAUUUGAUAUUUUUAAUUAUUGAUAGCA